AUGCACAAGAAAGAUAAACAGCGUGCAGCAGACGCUACGUCUACAGUUUAUAAUGGAAAUUCUACGUCAUUAUUAGAAGGAAGGGGCAACGUAUCUUCGAUUACACCAUCAAACUCUGGAGGAGCAAAUAGAAAUGUGACUCCUGUGUCUUCGCAAUCCGUAACUCCGAUUAUACCAACACGACCGGCACCACCGCCACCACGAUCAUCGGACACGUCAGAUCCACUUGCUUUCUUUAAUACUCCCGUAAAUACUGCUACAACCGUAAAUUCGUCGUCAAUACGACAUCCGAAACUAACUCUUUCUUCCUCGACACUGCUUCCAUCUUCACUACAAUUGGCCUAUCAACGAGGAGCACAAUCAGCUACUUCAGCAGCAGAUCAGAUUGAAGCUGAUAAGAUGGAGGUGACAAAUAUUAUUGCGAACUACGCAGUGGAACCACUAGAAAUGUUGCAUCUUGUCGAUCGUUGGCUUCAACAACUCCUCAGUGAGUUUCUUCAGCAGCGUGACCAUUUUAAACAUAAAUUAGGUGAAAAAUGGCAAAAUCACGAACUAACAAAUAUCAAAUAUGAUAAUCACGAUCGAAUACGUAAAAUCUAUGGUGCAUACAAGGAACUGGAAAAAGCACGUGAUACCAUACUCUCAACUGAAUCAUUUCAGGAAUUGAAUAAUUAUUUACAGAAAAUUGAUCACAAUGCAAGAGAUGAAAUGAAAGAAAAAUUCAACAUAUUAGUUCAACAAUAUGUUAAAAUUUUACAAUGCUUAGAAUUUGUUGAUAAAGAAACCAAAGCUAGUGCUUCUAAUAAUUAUAUCUAUGAUAUAAAGAAAAAUAUAUUAAAAUUGAAGGAGUUGAAUGACAAGCAAUCAUAUACCAUCUGCAUUGUUGGCUUAGAAAAAGCUGGAAAAUCGACAUUUAUCAAUGCGCUUCUUGGUUAUGAACUUUUGCCAACGGCGUGUGAGCGAUGUACACAGAUACGUACCGUGCUCAAACCACCUCUUGAAAAUGGUGAUCCCCAGCUGUUUGCCGCUGUCAAGUUUUACGAUGAUCAAGAGUUUCAUUUAUUCUUUGAUAAAAUGACAAAGAAAACAGAUGAAAAUCUACAAGAAUUGCAACAACGUAAAGAACAGGUCAUCCAAAAACGAGAAAUGUUGAAAGCUAAAUUUCCAGAAGAACAUUUUCGUAUUAGUAGCCUAAAUGAUGCAAAUAGAGAGCGUAUGGCUAUUAUUAAACAUUUACAUGAUUAUAUAACUGGAGAAUUGUAUGUAAAUAUUAUUAAAGAAAUUGCAAUUUAUACGGAUAAGCUACCAGGUAAGAACUACGAACUUCUAGAUGUUCCUGGUUUUGACUCCCCCAUUAAAGAACAUCGUGAUGCCGGUUUACAAGCAAUAAAAACUGCUGACGCUUUCCUUUUUCUUACCAACGGUCAACAACCAAGUCUGACUGAACCGCAGAUCUGUCUUCUCCACGAAAUUCAACAAAAUCACUUUGAAGCAAUGCAACGUGCGUUCGGUAUCAUUACCAAACUUGACCUCUGUCAAACUCCGACAAUCUAUCAAGAACAUUAUGAAAAAGCUUCUACUGAACUCAUUGAUAAACAUUUUAAACCAGAACGUAUUUAUGCUGCCUGUCCACGGAUGCAAACUGUGGAUAAAAAUUCGGAAGAAUUUCGUCUUAUUAAUCAUAAACUACAUAGUUUUGGUGAUGAUUUGGAACAGGGAUUUACACGAAGUAAAAAUGGUCUCAAUAAAUUUAUUGAAUUUGAAUUACCAAAAACACAUUUGAAACAGCUAGUUGAUUUGGGACGAAUGCGAUUAGUUCGACAUGUGUUGGAACGACUUGAUACAAUCAAACAAAAUCAACUCUGGUCACAGAAUCUGGCUAUGACGUCAAUUGACGAGUAUAUUAAACAACAUAACACAGAGAAUUGGGACAAAAUUUUCUAUGAAAAUAUAUUUCAACCUACCUUCGCCAAAGCGAAUCACUGGCAUACAACUAUCGUCACCAAAGAACGUACAAAAUUUGUCGAUAAUGUUAAACAAAAAUUUCAUGACUCUUUUCUCGAUCUCACUGAAGAAUUUCGUAAACGUACAUAUCCAAUUGAACGACUGAUGUUUGAGGCACAUUGCUAUUCAAAACUUCAGUUAAAUUCACAUCCGACCGACAAUGAGCUGCGCGAAAGACUAAGUAUUGAAUUGGAAGAAAUUGUUGGCCAAACAUCAAAUAUUCUUGCAGAAUAUUUCUAUCAUCAAUAUAUCUAUGAAUUGGAAAAUAUUCUCAAUGAUAUUUGCCCACAACUGAAAGAUUUAUAUCGUACGAAGUUAACGCUGGAACAGUGUACACAUGAAACGCAUGCGUUAGUUCUAAGAGUUUGUCGUCCGAUGAUUAUGGCAACUCUGAGAUAUUCAUAUUUAGAUUUGCCUGUUAAACAAGAUGCAAUUAAUGAAUUGAUCUAUAUUGCGCCAACUGUCGCAUUCAAUAUAGCGAAUAUUCCAGAUAAAAAUGGUGAAGGCGGAACACUUGCAUCAUAUUUUUUCUUACAAGCUCGUUCUUCAAAUUCAAAACAAUCAUCAGUUGAUGCAUUUAGUCAACAUUAUGCACAAUCAAAUUGUAAUAUUUCAAAUGAAUAUCAAUAUAUCGGUUUACGUAUUCUUACGAAUGUUUUAGAAUUAGAAUUGGAAUCAAUACAAUUAUUACGAACUGUUGCUUAUAAGCUUGUUGAAUUUGGUCUUUACAAUUUAGCUGAAAAUAUUUUUCGAUAUAUCAAAAAUUUGAGAUCAGAGGAGCCACAAUCAUUUCGAGAUCUAGCAUUAUUAUUACAAGAAUCUAAUUCUGAAACAAAGAACCUUGUAGAAAUAUCAGAUCUAUAUACAAAUGAUACAGAUCUUGAUUUACAUGUCAUCGAACCGACAGGUGAAGAAUGUUAUUAUUCUCACAAAGAUACAGUUAUUAGUGGUAUGAUAAGUCGUGAUUUUACACAAGGGUAUGGACCGGAAGAAUAUUUUGUUCGAAAGGUAGUCAAAGGUACAUAUAUAGUUCGAGCAAAAUAUUUUGCUAAUCAUCAACAAAGUCUAACUGGUACAAGGACAAUCAUGAGUAGUAAUCAAGAAAUGAUCGAUGUAUGCAAAGUGAAUUUCAAUGAUGAUAUUCAACAAAUUUCAAACAAUACAGUAACGAAUAAUCAAAAUUUAAAUACGAAUAUUCAUUUAUAUGUGACGUGUGAUGGAUGUGAUAUGUCACCAAUAAAAGAAGAUCGUUACAAAUGUUUAUUUUGUCCCGAUAUUGAUCUUUGUCAAUCAUGUAAAUCUAUUAGUAGAACAAAUCAUAAUUCGAAUCAUCAAUAUAAUCAUCCAUUAUUAUGUAUUAAAGAUUCCAGUGAAUAUCCAAAGUCAGUUUAUUUAAAUAAUCAUAAUAAAAUCAAUCAUAAGAAUAACCAACGUAAUUCAUGUUUUAUGAAACCGCUUAUUGGUAUUCGUUAUAAAUGUACUUGUGGAAUUAAUUUAUGUGAAAAAUGUGAAUUCAUGGGUUUACAUAAUACAGAGCAUCGUCGUACAAAAAUAGUUAAAUCAGAAUAA